AUGAAUAUUCAAUCCAUUCGAAGGGGCAUCUUUUGCCCCCCUCAGAACCCCAACUGCACCAGUACUGUGGAGUCCCUCAAGGGUGUCUGGAAUGAUACAGAAGCUAAUGCCUACAAACUGGUGGACCUGCCUCCUGUAGCCCCAACAGAAAUGACAGUGCAAGAUGUUCCUCAUGCCUUCCCUACACUGGAUGUUCCAGACCAUGCCCACUACACAAUUGGAACUGUCAUUCUGAUGGUGGGGAUCACCGGAACACUGGGUAACUUCCUGGUCAUCUAUGCUUUCUGCAGGAGUAAGAGCCUUCGAACUCCAGCCAACAUGUUCAUCAUCAAUCUAGCUAUUAGCGACUUCCUAAUGUCCAUCACACAGGCUCCAAUUUUCUUCACUACCAGUCUCCACAAGCACUGGAUUUUUGGCAAGAAAGGCUGUGAACUGUAUGCCUUCUGUGGAGCCCUUUUUGGCAUUACAUCCAUGAUCACAUUGAUGGCAAUCGCACUGGACAGAUAUUUUGUGAUCACACGACCACUGGCCUCCAUUGUGGUGAUGUCCAAGAAGAAGGCUUUGAUAAUUCUUCUAGGAGUCUGGCUGUACUCUUUGGCUUGGAGCCUCCCACCCUUCUUUGGAUGGAGUGCUUAUGUUCCUGAGGGUUUGUUGACUUCCUGUUCCUGGGACUACGUGACCUUUACCCCAUCAGUCCGUGCCUAUACAAUGCUCCUCUUCUGCUUUGUUUUCUUCAUUCCUCUGAUUGCCAUCAUAUACAGUUAUGUCUUUAUCUUCAAGGCUAUCAAGAAUGCCAAUGAGGCUGUUCAGAACAUUGGUUCUGAUGUUAAUAAAGUAUCCCAGAGACAGUAUCAGAAGAUGAAGAAUGAAUGGAAAAUGGCCAAAAUUGCCUUGAUUGUCAUCUUACUUUACAUCAUUUCCUGGUCACCAUAUUCUAUUGUAGCUCUGGUGGCUUUUGCUGGGUAUUCCCAUCUCCUGACACCCUUUAUGAACACCGUACCAGCUGUGAUUGCCAAAGCUUCUGCCAUUCACAACCCCAUCAUUUAUGCCAUAACUCAUCCCAAAUACAGAAUGGCCAUUGCAAAGUAUGUGCCGUGCCUUCGACCCCUGCUAAGAGUUUCUCGUAAAGACUCCAGGUCUUGCAGCAGGUAUCUCUCAACCAGACGAUUCACUAUUACCAGCCAGUCUGAGAUAAGUGAACUGCAGAAAGGAAAGAGACGGAUAUCCUCUCUCUCAGACAGUGAAUCAGGCUGGACUGAUACAGAAGCUGAUGUCGUUAGUGUGAUCUCCAGACCAGUCAGUAAACAGCUUUCCUAUGAAAUUGGCAAAUACGCUGUUGAAACCAGUGACACAAAAGCCAAAUCUAAACCGAAAAGCCAUGAUUCUGGGAUUUUUGAGAAGACUUCUGAAGAUGCCGAUGACAUUUCCAUGGUGGAGCUGAAUGUCAGAGAGUGCAGUUCCUCUCCUGUUGCCCUGCCAUCUAUAACCUAUAGCCUUGAGGAAAUCCAAACAGGUGAGGGCCUGAAUGGCACUGGACUACGAAAAGGAGACUCUCACUCUAGACCGUCUGCAGCCCAGAUACCCAGCAUUAUAAUAACAUACAGCAACGUCCAGGAAAUGGAACAGCCUUCUGAAUACAGCUCUGACUUCAGGUUCCCUAAGAAUAGUAGCCACAGCCAGGAUAAGGACUACAGUAGCCAACCAGACAGACUGUACCAGGGCGUUGCCUUAGCCAGUAUCUCAGGAGAAACCACAGAUCAACUGAGUGCAGAAGACCUUCCAAAACUGCUCUGAUCCACGGAAAGCCACCAUUCCUACAGUGACCCAACACGAGAUAAGCCAAGGGUAAAAAGAAGAUGCUGAAGCAGCAUCUGAGCUCUCUCCAGUGGUUGGUUUCCUGUUCUAGCUCGUGUGUUAGGACAAGUAUAUUAUUUCUCCACAAUCUAGAUCAUGAAAUUACACUUUUCACUCAGAUUUCACUCUGUUCAGGAAUUAGCAACUAUUGCGUGAACACCACCUUCAGUUACAGUAUAUGCAGGCUUCAUGAUAAGACUUCAUUCUGUGGGGUUAAGAUUCAGAUAAUGGUCUUUGUUCAUUGCCAGAUCUCAGCCACAGUUACUAUACCAGAAAGAAACACUUUUAGAAGAUAAACUAUAGAGUUGAGAGUAUUUGGGAAAACGUACAGUACCUGGUGGAGAAGGUUUCUUAUUUUUGUUAAAGCUCUCUAAGUAGACCAUGUUUAAGAGCAAUAUCAGUGCUCCACUCCCUUCUUAGUUCCAUGCUUUUUCUCAAGCUCUUGUAUGGUUUUGUUAAAAAGCAAUGCACUUAAAAAGCAGUUUGAGGUCUCAGAUCAUUGUCCUUAUCUCAAGGAAGGGAAAUCAUUUUCAAGUGUGGCCCAUGCUCCCCUUCCCUCCUGUCUUCCUUCUGUGUCAGUUAUUAAGUGACCAGUCCAAUCCUGGCUCAGCUCACUUGCCCCAGAACAAUAUGAAAGAUUCUAGAAGCUAAUGAGCUUCAGUCACCAUGUUUCAAGGCUGAGGAAGCUGUAAUUAAAUGUCUUAUUGGUAAAGAGCUGCUGCUGGCUCAG